AUGAUACGAAUUACCACGCAGAAGGUGAUUCUUCAUGUGGCGAUUUUCAUCAUCGUUGCUCUUCUGCCAUUAGUUACAGCAACUCAGAAGCAUGCGAAAAAGAUUAUUCACGAAUGCAGUGACCAUAAAGUCCUUGAGCCAAGUCCAAAGUUGUCAUUUCAAAUUAUUCUACAUGGAAUUCUCCUCUGGGCUUCCAUGGGGUUCUUGAUGCCUAUCGCGAUUCUUGUAAUAAGAAUGUCGAAUAAAGAGCAAAAUGGAAGAAGGCUAAAGAUGAUUGUGUAUACUCAUGCUUCUUUACAGAUACUAUCUGUUCUCCUUGUAGCAGUAGCAACAAUCAUGUCAGUAAUAAACUUUGAGAACUUUUUCGACAAUACUCACCAGAGACUUGGCUUAGCUCUAUAUGUUGCCAUAUGGCUGCCAUUCAUCGCUGGAAUUUUUCGACCUGACAGGGGAAGCAAAAAUAGGGGUGUAUGGUAUGCAUUUCACUGGCUUAUUGGAGUCACAGUUACUUUACUGGGAAUCGUCAACGUAUAUAUAGGUUUACAGGCAUAUAACACAAAAACAAUGAAGAGCACAAGUGUUUGGAACUGGCUUUUCAGUAUUGAGGUUGGUGUUAUCGCGUUCAUCUAUCUGUUCCAAGAAAAAUGGCAGUAUAUAAAGCAAUCAGGAGGGAUUUUAGGCAAUGAAUCAGUACGACCAACGGAUCAAGAAGCAUCUCCAACUCAGAAAAAGGAAAUUUCACCCAUGGCAUAAUCAGAGCCAUGUUAAGACUUCAGAUAAACAAAUAAUUUUGCCUUUACCUAACACAAAUUUUCUUGUUUUUUACAGCUAACAUUAGAUUCUCUUCAAUUUUGUUACAAUUUCACAAAACAGAUAUUUAAGAGUUUUGUGUAGUACUAUCAAUGUAGAGCAUCAUACACA